AUGCUUGGGUUCCACAGACGCCAACGGUCGUUAAUACCGGUGAAGGACCUGGCGAAGUAUGACAAGCUGCCAGUUGUGUGGGAGGAAGAGGGAGAAGAGACAGAUUGCGAGAUGACUCUGGACCCGCCAAAGGCAGGUCAUAAGCAAUUGAUGUUAAUCUAUAUAGUAUUCCUUGCAGAAGCGAUCAUGGCAGCCAGCCUGCAACCACAGCUAAAGAUGCUGCUUUCCGCCGAAGACUUCUGCGGCGAUCUGUCCAGCUCCUACCUUAGAAGCAUCCUCGACUGCGCAUACGCCUUCGGAUGCACCGCCGGCAUACUUUGGGGCUGUCUAGCAGACCGUGUUGGACGCCGACCAGUUGCGUUGGCUGGCUUGUUCAGCAUGGCCAUCUGCUGCAUGGCCAUGGGCCUCGCAAAAAGCCUGGGAAGCUGCGCCAUCUUCCGCUUUGUUGCUGGCCUUGUCAGUUCUGCGGUGACAGUCACAGCCCUCACAAUGAUCGGAGACAUCAGUCCCACCCCAGUGGAGCGCGCAGUGAACAUCGCCAGGCUUCCAUUAGUUGCGGUUUGUGGGUCGAUUGGACCGCUCGUGCAAGGCAUGGUCGCAGGCAGCUUCAAAGCGGACGGUGCAAUCUGGCAGAAGUUUCCCGCUCUCAGCAGUCAGAUCGCUUGCGGAAGCCUGGUUUUUCUAGUCGCGGUGUCGGCGAGCAUCAUGCUACAGGAGACCUUGCCUGCCCAGGCAGACUCCAGCGAGACCGUGGACAUCGACUGCGAGAAAGCAGCCUUCCUUGGCCAGGUCACCAACAAUGACUGUUCGAAUCCAGUUGCAAUUCGCAUCGUGGACUACGUCAAGCCGGAGCCCAUCUCGAUCGGCCAGUUUGUUCAGGCGCCAUCACUCCUUACCCUUCUGGCAUCCUUCUCCCUUUUCUCCCUCCACGCCUCAACAUUCGACGUAUUACUGCCACACAUCGGCCACAGCAGCACCCAGCACGGGGGCAUGGGCAUUCCCUGCUCCUGGCUCGGAUUCACCGUCCUCGUCACCCGCGCCAUUGCCGGCCUCAUAGUCCUCCGCAUAGUCCCGCAAGCCGUGGAAAAGCUCGGGCUCCUGAAACCAUUCCGCACCUCCUCGCUCCUUUUCCCAGCCAUAUACGUCCUCACGCCCGCGUUGGCCUAUUUCGUGGCCUGCUCCAGCACCUUGACAGCCCUCAUCUCCACUGCAUCAAUUCUUGCAAAACACAUCCUAGCGAACGGCGCCCAAAUCCUCGUUGCUCUACUUAUGCUGAACGCCGCGCCUGACGCCUUCUCCGCCGGCACGAUCGCCGGUCUCAUGCAGGUCGCCUCGCUGUUCAAGGCGCUGGCCGUGGCCGUCACUGGAGCGAGUUUUUAUCUGAGCGACGACCUCAGCGUCGCGGCGACGAAUUGUGCGCUUUGGAGUGCAUUAGGCUUUUUUGGUGUAGCGGGCGCGGCGUUAGCAUGGUUCGUAAGGGAGAGCCCGAGUGUGGAGAGGGAUUUUCCAGCGGAGGUCCUGAAGUGGGAGACGUGCUUUGAUGCUGAGGGAUUGGAAAGUGGGAUGUAA